AUGGAUCAGUCAAAGCACUCGCUUGCUGAAAAAUUGUCUGGUAUAUUAGCUGCCCUUAAGAGAUCGCAACGUUCGCAGUCCGGAAAUGAUGUUUCAACUGAUGUGACUCGAUCUCGACGUGGUACGCUCUGCCAGUCUACGGUCACGUUCCGCUACAAGAAUCAGCUGAGCAGUCUCCUGGACACGCUGUCGUCGUCAUCAGCUCAUUUCAUUCGAUGCGUUGUACCGAACUAUGACCGCGUGCCGAGCAAGAUCGAUGGGCCGCUUGUGCUCAACCAGCUGAGGUGUAACGGCGUUCUGGAAGGAAUUCGAAUCUGCCGCGAAGGUUAUCCGUCACGUCUUCCGUUUGCUGAAUUUGUCCAGCGAUACCAUAUGUUCGCCAAGGAGGCACUUCCGAAUGGUAUGUGA